GUUCUUGUUUGAUUCAGCUGUUCAGUUCUCAACUUGGUUCUUAUCUGAAUAGUUCGGACAUGAACCAUAUCACGGAAUCGAACUAUUUACCGUGCUUUUUACCGAGCAUCACGACGUAGUUCACGUCUACUUUCUCAGGGGACGUAUUAGUACACGCGUCCACUGAAUCGCGGUGGCCGCUCUCAGGUUGUACAUCAGUGCAGCAAUAAAGAACAAACCCACGAAUGGAUCUCGUGUGCUUCGUGGUUACGUUUAUCACAGCUGAUUACGAUUGCCGCGAUUAUUAAUCCGGUGUGUGAUGACGUUUAUUUUAAUAUUUAUUUAAUAUUCUCAAUGUUGUGAGAGAAGAAAUCGUAAAAGAAAAAUGAUGAGCAUGUGGUGUGGCCAUUUGCUGCGGAAGGCAACCUGCGACGAAAAGCUGCGGAGUAGCUUGAUGAGAAAGAUGUAUUGCACGUGUAUCGCGACAAGAUUAAUAUUAUCUAAUAAAUUCUACGUCGCUGGAUGUAAUUCUACGUUUUCGCGCUUCAGUAUUAGGUGUUGCAGUGGCAAUGUAAUCGACCGUGCUCAGAAGAAGAAGAACGUGCCGCAAUCUAAAUCUGUCGUGCCACCAGUGAAAUUUACAUCGGUUGUUACUGGAUUAACCGGUGCAAAACCUGGGCAGCAAAAGAGAAACUGUUUUCAUCCUGGUAUUUCUGGUUUGAGCAGAGAUGCGCUUGAUUUACAUAAUAAAUCAUCUGUUACCAGUACAGAUAUGUUGAAAGCCAUGCUUAGAUACAUAUGGCCGGAAGAUGAUCCAGAAAUACGGCAAAGAGUUAAAAUAGCAGUGGGUUUACUUGUCGGAGCCAAAGUCCUGAAUGUCCUUGUACCGUUUAUCUUCAAGUAUGCUGUAGAUAUUUUAAACACUCACACUGGCACUGCUGUAAUGGAUUUAACAACUGCGCCUGCAACAGUCGCAACUGUAGCAACAUCAUUACUCGUAGGGUAUGGAAUAGCACGUGCUGGAGCUGCCGGUUUCAGCGAACUCAGAAAUGCGGUAUUCGCGAAAGUUGCGCAACACUCUAUUCGUAAAAUAGCGAAAAAUGUUUUUAUACAUCUACACAAUCUUGAUAUGGCUUUUCAUUUAAGCAGGCAGACUGGCGCCUUAUCGAAGACAAUCGAUCGCGGCAGUCGCGGCAUUAAUUUUAUUCUAAACGCUAUGGUAUUUAACAUAGUACCUACAAUAUUUGAACUAGCAUUAGUUAGUGCAAUAUUAGGAAUAAAAUGCGGACCAGAAUACUCGGCUGUAGCGCUGGGUUGUGUUGGCGUUUAUACUGUAUUCACGUUGGGUGUUACACAAUGGCGUACCAAGUUCAGGAUUCAUAUGAAUCAAGCGGAGAACGAAGCGGGCAACAAGGCGAUAGAUUCACUUAUCAACUAUGAAACAGUAAAAUAUUUUAAUAACGAGAAGUUCGAGGUAGAGAGGUACGAUCAAUCUUUGAAGAAAUACGAAACUGCGUCCCUUAAGACUAGUACAAGCUUAGCGAUGCUGAAUUUCGGACAAAAUGCUAUUUUUAGUGGUGCGUUAAGUCUCAUCAUGGUGUUGGCAGCACAAAAUAUUGUCAAUGGUACGAUGACUGUUGGCGAUUUGGUGAUGGUAAACGCCUUGUUGUUUCAACUCUCAGUUCCUUUAGGCUUUUUAGGCUCUGUUUAUCGAGAAGUGAGACAAGCUUUCAUUGACAUGCAAACCAUGUUUACCCUCAUGACAACAGAUACUGCAAUUAAGUCGAAAGAAAAUGCAUUGAGAUUCUACGUGACGCCAGACUCUUCAGAAAUUCAAUUUAAAAAUGUAAAUUUCCAAUAUGUUGAGGGAAAGUCUAUUUUUAAAGAUAUUUCGUUCACCAUACCAAGUGGCAAGAAGGUUGCUAUUGUUGGAGGAUCUGGUUGUGGUAAGACAACAGUUGUGAGAUUGCUAUAUAGAUUUUUUGAACCACAGAGUGGUGAUAUUUAUAUCAAUGAUCACAACAUUCGAGAUGUCGAUUUAGAAGAUCUCAGGAACUGCAUUUCGAUUGUGCCCCAGGACACUGUACUUUUUCAUGAAAGUAUUUUUUAUAAUUUGCAUUAUGGUAACUUGAGAAAAUCAUGCGACGAUGUUUAUGAAGCUGCAAAAAUGGCAAAUCUACAUGACUCUAUAUUAAAGUGGCCACAAGGCUACGACACACCUGUGGGAGAACGUGGUUUGAAAUUAAGCGGAGGGGAAAAGCAAAGGGUUGCGAUUGCUAGAGCAAUUCUGAAAAAUAGCCCUAUACUAAUCUUUGAUGAAGCUACCUCUUCAUUGGAUUCUAUUACAGAACACAAUAUACUUGAUGCCUUACGCAAAGCGACAGAAAAACGGACCUCAAUCGUGAUUGCGCAUCGUUUAUUGACAGUCAUGGAUGCCGAUGAUAUACUUGUUCUAGAUCAGGGUAAUCUAGUCGAGAGAGGCACUCAUGAGUCUUUGUUAUCUAUACCAAAUUCUUUGUAUAGCAAAUUGUGGGAGACUCAAUAUUUGGGUAUGAAGAAACCUCAAGAAGAUAAAAAUAAAGCUGAACAGCUUAAUUAAAAAGAAUAUAAUCUAGGUAAAAAGGUACUUGUCGUGUAAUAUAUGUAAAUGAAUGAAAGUCUUGUUCUAAGAAAUAACUGCUCUUGGAAUAUUUCAUAAUUAAAAUUUAGCAAAUUUAUUUACA